AUGAACUCCACGCCUAGUGUGCGCCGAUGGCUCUCUGAGUUGCUUCAGAUCGCAUAUGCGAUUGCCACGAUACUCAUGCUCUGGGCUACCUUGAGGGUCGUCACCGGCUCACCACACCCGAUCCUGACUGUAUCUUCAGAGUCUAUGGAACCUACAUUCUAUCGUGGGGAUAUUAUACUACUCUGGAACCGUCAACACUACAUUGACGUUGGCGAUAUCCCAGUGGUUUGGUUCCCUGGAAGGUCACUCCCGAUGGUGCAUCGAGCUAUCAAAGUAAUCCAUCAAGAUGAGGGUGAAAGCGAUAACAGCACAGCCAGACAACUCAUUUUGACUAAGGGGGAUAACAAUGACUUGGAUGAUACGUCGCUGUACCCGAAUGGACGCGCUUUCGUGCAUCGUGAAGAAAUUGUGGGAUUGGUUCGCGCAUACAUACCGUAUCUAGGGCGGUUGAGUCUCGUAGUGAAAGAUCAGCCUUGGAUUUUAUACGCUUCUCUUGCUGGAAUGCUCGCUGUGGGCAAACUUUUAUAG